UUUAUGUCGUACGUACAUCCGGAAAGCCGUUGUUUGUCAUUGUUUAGAUAUGGCGGCCACUGAUAGCAUUCGGGUCGUGGAUGAUGACUAUGUUAAGAGAAUUCAUAGUAGAACAACAUCAGGGCAUUUACACAAGGGACAUGGCAUUGUGGCAGCAACAGCAUCAAUACCUAGUAAAUACCAAACAAUUGUGACUGAUAAUAGUGACAAGAAAGGAUUCAGUGCCCAAGCAAAGCGUUUCCGAUCAGACUAUGCCAUGACAGAUGCACCUGGGCCUGGCAACUACGUUAAACACACUUCAAUAGAAAAUAACAGUGUCUCUUUUUCCAAGAGAGGGACAGGAGGAUUCGCCUCAAAGUCUAAAAAAGGAUUAAAAUAUCUUGGUACUUGCGCCCCUGGACCAGGUGUCUAUGGCAUUCCAAGCAUGCUUAGGACUCAGAAUGAUUUUAAUCGAUCAGAAGUAGGAAGGUUGUUUCAGAAACCAAUUGCACACUCAACAGAACCACAGAAAAAAGAAAAACGUCCUGCACCGAAUCAAUAUGAGGUCUUAAAGGCACAAACUGGAAAGACCAACAAUGUAACAGCUGAUGCUGCUUUUAAAUCAAAGAGCAAACGAGAGCUUAUCACAAUAAAAGAUAUCGCCAAUAACCCUGCUCCAGGGCAAUAUUCAGUAAAGGACCACCUUCUGCAUGAGAAUGUCAAAAUACCAUUUUCAAGUUUUAAAUCGAGAUCAAAACGACAAAUGCAACCAGAUCCUCCUCCUGUUCCUGGCCCUGGUGCAUAUAAACCGAAUGAAGCUGUGGACCCAGCCAAAAAACAGCUUUUUCCGAGGAAGCAUUAUUUAUGUAUAUCAGCUCCUGCCAUGCCUUUACCAGAUACUCCACCACAGCCUGGGCCAGCUAAUUAUGAUGUGGUUGAUUAUGAGGGUCCACCCAAACAUUACAUGUCUAGUUCUGCUUUCGUUUCCACAACCAGUCGAUGGACAGGAAAUCAAACAGCUGGAGAUUUACCUGGUCCAGCUCAUUAUCGUCCUGUGGAGACGGGGAAACAGUCAUUUAUAUACAAUGCUGCAGGGAAGUGGAUAUAGUCCUGGAAAAGAAAUUUAGUCUUCUUAAUUGUGAGUGAAUACUGAAAACAAACAGUAUUAAAAAUUAUUUAUGAAACAGUAAUUCAGUGAAAACUUAAAGAUGACAAUAAGGUCUUGCAAAAGUUUAGGAAUGAGACAUGACAGUGGAGGUUAUUGAAUAAUUCCCCAGCUGUCUGGUAAAUUGUGUGUUGUCAAAUGCUGUAUUGGAUGUCAUUCCGGGAGGAUUACUGAAUUUACAGUUCAUCUCAUCAAACUCUAAAGAAAUCCAUCAGUUUUGUGUAAACAGUCACUCUAAAUGCAGAGAUCUAUUUCAUGUCUUCAGCAUAAAUUUCCUGAGCUGCCAUUAUAUGUUACAAUAGGAUCUUUCAGAAGCCAUGGCAAGAGCUUUUAUUGAUUUUUUUUGUCCUCCAAAAUGAAAUUCUAUUUUCUUUUAUGAGAAGAUUCAACAUUGGUUCUUUAAAGCUGUUUUUGUUUUAGUUUAUGAUUUUAUGUAUUGUAUUUUAAAUAGAGUCUGAAAUAUUUUUCUCAAAUUGUAAGCUAUUUUAUGAAAAUAAUUCAAAUUCCUUUAAACAUUUAAAUAUCUUCAUCUAUUGCUAAACAUUUAGACAUAUGCAUAUGUGGCGUUACUUACAUUAACUGAGGGACAAUAAAAUAAAUAAUAAAUUGCAGUCAAAUAUAAUUAAAUUAAUCAUAAAGGUGCCUAUUUAGAUCCAAGCGUGCCUUUUUCAAAGCCUUAGAUAUAUCAAAGAUGCAUUUUUUAAAAUGAACUUUACCUCUUUUUGUCAAUUUUUUCUAGUUUGUCAUGAU